GGGCCCAAGGUGGGCGGGACGCUGGGCCUCCAGCGGCCACGCCACUGUUGCGGGUGCAUUCCUGGCUCUCUGGCCCGGGGCGGAGGAGCGCCUUGGCUGAGUCUGCAGUCCCCACUAGGAGCGGGUGUCGGGGCUGGCCGGAGCUGGGAGCGCGGCCGCGGAGGACCCAGGUGAGCUGGGACCCUGUGCCUGGAGAGGGACCACGGAGGCUCGAAGUGAGCCGGGACCCCUUGAGGACCCAGGUUGCGCUUCCAGCCGCCAGGGGGCGAGCGGCGGCGGGGCUCAGGGACUGCCCCCUCCCAGCACUGGGGACCUGGGCGUCCUCUCGGAAGGGGGUGGAGGGGACGGUAAAUCAGUAACCCGCAGCGCACACAGGGCCUUUUGUCCCGCUCUGUCCAAAGAGCACCCUGGCCGCGGAGCUGGUUACUCAUUGCCCACCGGGGCGGGGGCGGGCCGGCUGUCUCUGCUGCUCCCCUCUGGACCUGCCUGCUUGCACCUCCCCCCAGGGUGGCCGGGUAGGGGGGGAGGAAGAAAAACGCGCGCUGGUCCCUUGGCCGCGCGCGCUGGACUGUCUGCGCUCCCCGAGUAGAGAUGAGGAAGCUGAGGAUCCGAUACGUGCAGUCAUUUGCCCCGGGUCCCUCAACGCUUUAGUGCGGAAAGCUGAAGGAGAACCCAGGACUGUGUGAUGACAGUGUCAGGCCCUUCAGCCCCUGAACAAGGCAGUGGGUCGGUCUGUCUGCCGCCGCGUGUGAUCCGACUAAGUGUCCUGAGGUUACAAGAUCAGGGCAGCCGGGAAUGGGAAUAAAAUCCUGGGCCUCCCCACUCCUUUCCCAACUAGAGCUGUGGACCCUGAGAGCCGCACUCCCUGCAGAGCAGAGCAGGGUGGAGGGAUUUUGUGGAGGAGAGCCAUAGAAACUGGGGCUGUGUGCAGGGACAGUGGCAUCUGAGUCCGAUGAAGAAGAGAAAUGGGGACGCAGAGGUGUGUAUGUGCAAGAGAGAAGAUAUGCCCAGUUUUGAAAGUCAGUGGUUUCAGUGCUGAAGAGGCUGAAGGAGCAGACUGUGCAACCAAAGAGGAUUGACAAGGGCAAGGAGGGCGGCUUGGGAUGCUGGAUAAACUGUAGAUUGGAUCCUACUGGACAAGGGCAGCCAUUAAGGGUUUGAAAGCUGAGGGGGUGUGGGGUGGUGACAUGGCAAAUAUUUGUAAUUUUUAAAGCCCUGCUGGAGAGUGGAGGCUGGAGAGUCAAGGGAGAUGUCUGCAAAGGCCCAAGCUAGAGAUGACUAUGGCCUGCCCUGGGUCCAAGCAACGGUGAUGGGAUGGACCACAGAAGGAUUGAGGAGGCAGAUGGACUGGAGGUGGAGGAGGGGUGAGGGGGCAUGAGAUGAGAUGAUACCCCAGCUUCAGGGGCAACCCAGGGAAGGAGCAGUUUGAAGGGGGAGAUCAUGGCUUUGGCCAAGACAAACUAAGUGCCCCCUGCCUCAGAGCCAGAGCUGGAAGGGGGGCAGCAGCUGAUGAGAAGGGUGCAGUUGGCUUCCUGGGCAAGGUAAAUUCAGAGACACCAGUGCCUAGUGACUCUUAUUCAGCCCCAGGUAAUAGCCAGUAGCCCCUGGGACUAUACUGGUCACCAAGGAUGCAGACAUCCUUGGUGGCAUAUGGAGGAGGAUAACCAGAUAGGGUGGGUGUGUACAUCACACCUGAACUGCACCAGAAUCAGAGGUGAUUGGCCAAGGGCAGACCCAGAAUGACAGUCGUGGGGAGGAAGGGGGAGGAGAACAUUCCAACAUCCUGUGCUCCCUGUAUUCCCUACAUAUGUUCUCUUUUAUCCUCAAAGCAGUCCUGUGAGGACAGCACCCAGAGAGGGACUGGAACUUGCAAGUUGGUUAGAGUCAGGAUUUGAACUUCACUUUGUUGGACGCAAGAGCCCGUGUUGCCUCAAAUAGAGUUGUGAGGACACAAAAAGCAGAGGUAUUCCCAGCAUGCAUUUCUGGUUCAGCAUGAGGAAGAACUGCUUGCCAUGGAAUGUACUGCCUUGUCAGUAGUGAGCGCCCUGCUACCAGAGGUAUUCAAAGCUGGUCAAGAAAAUGUCAGUAAUGCUAUAAGAAGUGUGGGUCAGAUCAGAUAACAUCCAGAUGCUGAGGUUUGGCCUUGUAUUGUAUUUCAUAUAUUUUUUUUUUGUUCUCCAGCAAUAAAUUCAUUUAUUCAGCAAAAAAAUAAAUGAUGUGUGCUGAGAGUGAGCAGAAGAUCUGUCUCCGUUCUCUGCUUUCCUCCAAGGAAAGAAUCCCCAAACUGCCCUUUCUGUGAACUUGUGCCAAGGUCUCAGCAGGACCGGAGGAGAGCAGGAAGCCCAGCCCUGCCCCCCUGCACAACCUACUGUGAAGAAGCUUUGGGCUCUGGCAACAGCAAAGCUGCUUCCAGUCUCUGCCUUGCUGCUGUGUGGUGGUGGUGGUGGUGGUGGGGGAGGGGGGGGUUGUACAAGACUUCUAACCACUUCCUGUCUCAGUUUCUUCAUCUGCAAAAUAGGGGAAUAGUACCACCGAAGGUGCAUGCAUAGCAGGGGUUCUUCUCCCUCCUUUUCAGGAAGGCAGUUGGUGGGAAGCCCAGCCUGGGUCCUUGUGAGCAGCAGGAAGGAUAUGCAGCUGCUGUUGGCCCUGUUGGGGGUCCUGCUGGAGGUGCCUGGGGCUCCAGCUUUGUCCCUUGAGACCUCUGAGGAAAUGGAGCUAGAGCCCUGCCUGGCCCCCAGCCCAGAGCAGCAAGAGCAGGAGCUGACCGUGGCCCUUGGGCAGCCUGUGCGGUUAUGCUGUGGGCGGGCUGAGCGUGGUGGCCACUGGUACAAGGAGGGCAGUCGCCUAGCACCUGCUGGCCGGGUACGAGGCUGGAGGGGCCGCUUGGAGAUCGCCAGCUUCCUACCGGAGGAUGCUGGCUGCUACCUCUGCCUGGCACGAGGCUCCAUGCUUGUCCUGCACAAUGUUACCUUGGUUGUGGAUGACUCCUUGACCUCCAGCAAUGGUAAUAAGGACCCUAAGGCCCACGGAAACCCCUCGAAUGGGCACAUUUACCCCCAGCAAGCACCCUACUGGACACACCCUCAGCGCAUGGAGAAGAAACUGCAUGCAGUGCCUGCUGGGAACACUGUAAAGUUCCGCUGUCCAGCUGCAGGCAACCCCAUGCCCACCAUCCGCUGGCUCAAGGAUGGAAAGGAUUUCCACGGGGAGCAUCGCAUUGGAGGCAUUCGGCUGCGCCACCAGCACUGGAGCCUGGUGAUGGAAAGUGUGGUGCCCUCGGACCGUGGCACGUACACUUGCCUCGUGGAGAACUCUAUGGGCAGCAUCCGCUACAGCUAUCUGCUGGAUGUGCUGGAGCGGUCCCCGCACCGGCCCAUCCUGCAGGCGGGGCUCCCAGCCAACACCACAGCUGUGGUAGGCAGCGACGUAGAGCUGCUGUGCAAGGUAUACAGCGACGCCCAACCCCACAUCCAGUGGCUGAAGCACAUCGUCAUCAAUGGCAGCAGUUUCGGUGCCGACGGCUUCCCCUACGUGCAAGUCCUGAAGACAGCAGACAUCAAUAGCUCAGAGGUGGAGGUCCUAUACCUUCGGAACGUGUCAGCCGAGGACGCAGGCGAAUACACCUGCCUGGCAGGCAACUCCAUUGGCCUCUCCUACCAGUCAGCCUGGCUCACGGUGCUGCCAGAGGAGGACCUCACAUGGACAGCACCAGCACCUGAAGCCAGGUACACGGACAUCAUCCUGUACGUGUCAGGCUCUCUGGCAUUGGUUGUCCUCCUGCUGCUGGCCGGGCUAUAUCGAGGGCAGAUACUCAUCAGCCGGCACCCUAGGCGGCCCGCCACUGUGCAGAAGCUGUCCCGCUUCCCUCUGGCCCGACAGUUCUCCCUGGAGUCAGGUUCUUCAGCCAAGUCAAGCUCGUCCUUGGUGCGGGGUGUUCGUCUCUCCUCCAGUGGCCCUCCCUUGCUCGCUGGCCUUGUGAGUCUAGACCUACCUCUCGACCCGCUGUGGGAGUUCCCCCGGGACAGGUUGGUGCUUGGGAAGCCCCUGGGUGAGGGCUGCUUCGGGCAGGUGGUGCGUGCAGAGGCCUUUGGCAUGGACCCCGCCCGGCCUGACCAAGCCAGCACUGUGGCUGUCAAGAUGCUCAAGGGGCCUCUGUAUGUGAUUGUGGAAUGUGCCGCCAAGGGAAACCUGCGGGAGUUCCUGCGGGCCCGGCGUCCCCCAGGCCCCGACCUCAGCCCUGAUGGGCCAAGGAGCAGCGAAGGGCCGCUUUCCUUCCCUGCUCUGGUUUCCUGUGCCUACCAGGUGGCCAGAGGCAUGCAGUAUCUGGAGUCAAGGAAGUGCAUCCACCGGGACCUGGCUGCCCGAAACGUACUGGUGACAGAGGACAAUGUGAUGAAGAUAGCAGACUUUGGGCUGGCUCGUGGCGUCCACCACAUUGACUACUACAAGAAAACCAGCAACGGCCGCCUGCCUGUAAAGUGGAUGGCACCCGAGGCUUUGUUUGACCGAGUCUAUACACACCAGAGUGACGUGUGGUCGUUUGGGAUCCUGCUGUGGGAGAUCUUCACUCUCGGGGGUUCCCCAUACCCCGGCAUCCCUGUGGAGGAGCUGUUCUCACUUCUGCGGGAAGGGCAUCGGAUGGACCGGCCCCCAAACUGUCCCCCAGAGCUGUAUGGGCUGAUGCGUGAAUGCUGGCACGCAGCACCUUCUCAGAGGCCUACUUUCAAGCAGCUGGUGGAGGCACUGGACAAGGUCCUGCUGGCCGUCUCCGAGGAGUACCUGGACCUCCGCCUGACCUUUGGACCCUACUCCCCUGCUGGAGGGGAUGCCAGCAGCACCUGCUCCUCCAACGACUCUGUCUUCUGCCAUGACCCCCUGCCACUGGGGCCCAGCUCCUUCUCCUUCCCUGGAGUGCAGACAUGAGCAGGGCCACAAGGUUGUUACAGGCAGGCAGGCCAGCAGCCUUCAGCCUCCUGGUUUAGCGGCAACCUGGCAGUGCUUGACCUUGGCAGCCUCAGGCCCCAACCUUAGGGUAGUGUCCCAGAUCUCUAGUUCUGCCUUGGGGAGGUCUGUCCUUGUUCCGGGGGCCCCUCGAUGAGGCUUCCAGCUCUGGCCUCAGAUUCCCAAACCAGACUUCAACCCCAGUCUUUGGAGUCGUGACCCAGGUGUCCUAGUGGCCUGAGUGUUAGGGUUCUGCCUGGCCUCCUGGCCCUUAGCACUUAGUCCAGGGGUUUGGCUGGACCUGGCUGUAGAGCUGUCCUAAACCUCCCUGCUUCCCUGCACCAAGAGAGGUCUUGGGCCUCCGAACCCCAUUUCCCCAGGCCUCCCCUGCCUCUCCUUUGCUGUUUGUCCCAGCAUCUUGGUGGCAAGAGCAUUGGCCCCUGUGCUCCCAGCUGAGUGGCUGGAAGCCUGCCGAAAACACAGAAGCAAAUGGCCUUUUAUAAAUUAUUUUUUGAAAUAAA